AUGUUUGGACUCGGCGGUGCCCCACAAGUGUCUUCUCAACAGAAAAUUCAAGCCGCUGAGGCUGAGUUGGACAUGGUCACAGGAAUGUUCAACUCUCUCGUUGAGCAGUGUCACACCAAGUGUAUCAACAAAGGGUACUCUGAAGGUGAGCUCAAUAAGCAAGAGUCUCUCUGUUUGGACAGAUGUGUUUCCAAGUACUUCGAGACCAACGUCAAGGUUGGCGAAGACAUGCAGAGAUUGGGCCAGUCUGGUCAGUUCAUGGGAAGAAGAUAG